CAAUUUAAAAAUGAUUUAUAUUCCUUAUCAGUGAACAAAAUAUACCUGGCUGUCGAUUUUUCUUGCUAUGCUCAUUAUCAGCGUUAUAUUUUUCUUAAUAAAUCGUGUCAGCCCAUUCUACAAACUAUCUACAGACUUGGCCAAUAACCAGAAGUACUUCAGCUACUUGAACUGUUUGUGGUUGUCUUAUGGGACGAUGGUGCAGCAAGGGAGCAGUAUCAUACCGAAAGCUCAUUCAGCUCGACUUGUGUUAAUCACCUGGUGGCUGUCAGUUUUAAUCAUCAUCGCCACAUACAGCGGUAACCUCAUCGCUUUUUUAACUUUUCCUGAAGCCCGAUGGUUGGUUAGAGACUUGAAGGACGUCAUAGAAAACCCAAAUAUAAAUAUCAUGGUUGAAAGUGGGACUGCUUUAGUGGAGGAAAUUGAGAGUUCAAACGUCGCCCAGUUAGUAUCUCUCCGAAAUGCUCUUGAGAAUCGUCAGAGGGCUGCUCAGUCGUACCUCAACAGCAACGUCUUUGAUUUAGUAGCAACAGGAAAAGCAGUUUACCUUGAUGAGAAGAAUUUCAUGUCUCAGGCCAUGCUGGAAGACUUCAUACGAGAGGGGUUUUGUCGAACUUCUAUCACCUCUAAACCCUUUCUGGAGAAGGAACUAGCUUUUUCCAUGCGCAGAGGAGAUCGAUUUAUUUCGAAAAUCAAUGCAGCGUAAGAGGAGUAAAUAU